AAAUUGUUGUUAAGAUACUCGUAUUUGUGUAUGUGCAGAGCAAAAAAUUGAAAUAAUUAUUGAUUGCUUGUAAAAAUUUUGAAAAUUCUCAUCAGGCCACAUCAUUCACCAAUCACCAAAAUCAAUAAAAACACAUCAUUGUUCAAUGUUGGCAUAUGUUUCAAAUCAAAUGUUCGUUGCAUAAUUUUUUAACACUUUAUUUACUUUUCGUCCCACUUCCGAAUCGUCACAUCGACCGUCAAUUUGCGAACGACAGUCGCAGCUAAGACGCGACGAUAACCUAGUAAAGCCCAGCUGAAAAUCGACAGCAGCUUUAUUGGCAUUUCGCCCUAGCCGCCAGCCACAACCACAGCAGGAACAACCCGUGGGCCAGCAACAACAACCAGAAAAACGACCGUUAAAAAAAGUAAAACAGUCGCAAAAAGCAAAAGUGCGAAAAGCGUCUGAAACGGCAACAAUGCAUACAGCAGCUCAUACAAUGCAAAAACAACAACACCAAGAACCAAAAUUGCAGCACAAAACACAAAUGCAGCGACCGCCGCAACUGCAGCAGAAACAAAAUGACACACGCAAAACAACGCAAAAGCAACAACAUCAAAAACUUGAAUCCGACAAAGAGACGAUUCAACUGUCCUCCGAUGACGAACAAACUACAGUUGCAGCUGCUGCACCUGCAACACCAGCAACAGCUGCAACAAGCAGUGCAUCUAGCAACAUUUACGCGCUCAACAGCGGCAGUAACGCGGCGUACGAGCAGAGGAAUCGCAGUUGCGCUCGCAGUCGCAGUCGCAGCCACAGUGGUAGCAGCAGCAGUCUGUCUUCGACACUUUCUUCAUCUUAUCGUUCGUUAGAUUAUGAGGCGGAAGCAGACGAGGAGGAUGCCAAUGAGUGUGAGGGUGUGGAGUUGCAACGCAAACUGGCUGGCGGCAAUGAUAAUUUGAUGCAUGUACAGAAUUUUCUCAAUUGUUUCGAUACACAAGAGCGGCGCAGACAAAAGUCGUCAGCAAUAUGUUGCGCCACACAACCACAACCACAACAACGGCAACAGGAAAUGUUGCGACAACUAGAUGAAAAAGUGCAGCGCAUGGGGAAGCAUCUGCCGGUAGGUGAAACAAAUCUAAGUCGUUUCUCAAGUUGUGUUAAGAAUGAAUUGGCGACACGUGACCAGGUUGCAGUAACUACCUUUCCAACCACAACAGCAGUAGCAGCUGUAGCAAUCGCCACUGCUGCAACAAUGUCAACCACAACAGUAACAACAAAUGCAAUCGCUGCAAAGGCUACAAGCAAACCGGGUAAAUUUACGAUUUCAACAAAAUUUCUACGCAAGCCGCGUCACAAGCUGAAAUCAGUCAACUUAACACCGACUAUGGGCAUGAGUAAGACAUUGGCGGCAACAACAAUAGAUAGUGAGGAAAUGGUAGCAUUACAUGAACGACAAAAAGUGCUACAGCAACGAGGAAAUGAGCAUGUUUCACAACAGCAACAACAUCAUCGUCAACCAAUACCAGUCGAUGAACCGAAUGUGAAUGUGAAUGUGAAAUUCAAUUCGAAUUUCUCCAUCAACUCACUCUUAAAUAAAAGAUAAGCACGAAACGAAAUUAAUUAACGAAGUAUUUUCCUAAAUACCCUAUGUAUGUAUGUAUUGGUGUUUGGCCAUAAAAAUUUGUACAUAUAAUACUAUGCUAAUAAUGAUAGAAACAGCACUUUGCUUUCGGUGAGGACCAUAUUUCAUGCAUAUUUUAUUUCAUACACGAAAAAUGUGAUUUUGUAUUUUAUAAAAAUAAAUUGUCUACUGACUUUAUUGGCCCUAA